AUUGAAUAAACAACGAUAGCCUGCAGCAGUCAAAUUAAACUAAUUGUGCUUAUUGGGCGGCCAAAUACGUAAAUAUCACUCAAAAGCCGUUAUAAGGUACAAAAAUAAGGCAGCUGCAAAAAAAAUCAACUAUACUAUUUUACAUUCGGUCCGUAAAGUUUAUGAGAAAAGAGCUGCCUACAGGAUUCCAGAUACCGUUAUGGAGGAACUACGCAAGCAUUUAUCCAAGGUGAACGUGCCAUGCGCAUCCGGGGCGGGCAGUCCUCCCAUCUACAAGGACGAGUGCGUCUACUCCUAUGACAAUCCCGAGACGCCCACCGGUUUGUACGUGUGCCUGCACAGCUUUUUGGGCUUCGGCGAGGCGUAUGUGCGGGAGUAUGCCGACAAGACCGGCAACCGGGUCUUCCUCCACAUCCAGCGGGUGAAGACGAUCAAGGAGGGCGCCGACAUGGAGGCCGAAUGCGCGGAGUCGGAGGCAGGACCGGAACGGAAGAUCACCCGCCUGGCCAUUGGCGUCGAGGGCGGCUACAACGAGUCGGACAUGGCCAAGAAGUACGAGAUCAAGGACACGUACAGCAUCGUGGUGGCUCCGCACCUGGAUAAGAAGCUGCCCUAUCCGGAUCCAGAGCUGCCCAUGCGUGUCACCCAGUCGGUGGAAGCGAUCCUGGCCGCCGACUCGGCAAUUGCCAAGUUGGAGAAGGCCACGCUGAUGGGCACCUGGGAUGGUGAAGUGCGUCAGGCGUCGAAGUACGCAGAUAACCUGCAGCAGCUGGAUAAUGGCAAGAGGAUUCCCCCAUCCGGCUGGCAGUGCGAGAAGUGCGACUUGACCAACAACCUCUGGCUUAAUCUGACCGAUGGUUCGAUCAUGUGCGGACGCAAGUUCUUUGACGGCAGUGGCGGCAACGAUCACGCCGUGGAGCACUACAGAGUAACGGGUUUCCCGCUGGCGGUGAAACUGGGCACCAUCACCGCUGAUGGCAAGUCGGAUGUGUUCUCCUACCCGGAGGAUGAAAUGGUACUCGAUCCACACUUAGAGCGCCAUCUCUCCCACUUUGGCAUCAACAUGGCGGCGAUGAAGAAGAGCGAGAAGUCGAUGGUGGAGCUAGAGUUGGACAUUAACCAGCGCAUCGGCGAGUGGACGGCGCUUACGGAGAGCGAAAGUGAGCUGCAGCCUGUUGCUGGUCCUGGAUACACUGGCAUGCGCAAUCUGGGCAACUCCUGCUACAUAAACAGCGUGAUGCAAGUGCUCUUCGUCAUCCCAGACUUCCAGCAGCGGUUCGUGGGCACUGGAGCGGAACGCUAUUUCAAAGAGUUUCCCAGCGACCCGGCCAACGACUUCAAUAUUCAAAUGGCCAAGCUGGGAACUGGUCUGCAGUCGGGAAAGUACAGCAGUAUUGCCGAGAACACUUUGGACACCGAUCACAGCACCGGAAUAUCGCCGGCCAUGUUUAAGAACAUUGUGGGCAAGAAUCACCCAGAUUUCAGCACCAAACAGCAGCAAGAUGCCAACGAUUUCUAUCUGCAUUUGCUCACCCUGCUGGACAGGAAUUCGCGGAACCAAACAAAUCCCGCAGAUGCUCUAAAGUUCCUGCUGGAGGAUCGCGUUGAGUGUCUGGCCAGCCACAAGGUGAAGUACAAUACCCGCGAGGAAUACAGCUUCCGUCUGCCUGUUCCGUUGGACAAGGCCACCAAUCUGGAUGAGGUGCGGGAGUUCCAGGAGCGUAAGAAGGCGGCCCGCGAGACCGGACAACGGCUUCCGGAUCGCGACAUCGUGAGGCACAAGGUGCCUCUACAGGCAUGCCUGGAAAGGUUUUUCGGCCCGGAGCUGAUCGAGCAAUUCUACUCCACUGCCAUCGGGUCCAAGACGAAUGCCAGGAAAAUUACGCGAUUGGCCACCAUGCCCGACUGCCUGAUGAUUCACGUGGGAAAGUUCACGCUGGGCGACGACUGGGUGCCCAAGAAACUGGACGUUUCCGUAGACAUGCCCGAUGAACUGGAUCUAAGUAACUGGCGCUCCGCUGGUGGCUUGCAGCCUGGUGAGGAGGCUCUUCCCGAGCCCGCCACAGAGGAGGUGAAGUUUGCAUUUGACGAGGCGGUCAUGUCCGAGUUGCUGACCAUGGGUUUUCCACCGGAAGCCUGCAAGCGUGCUUGCUAUCACACCAAAAACAGCGGACUUGAGGCAGCCUCCAACUGGUUGAUGGAGCACAUCGCCGACGAGGAUAUCUCGGAGCCCUUUGUGGUGCCGAACAACAGCAUUGGAGACUGCGCCGCCAACCAGUUUGUGGCCAAUCCCGAGAGCCUGGCCAUGCUCAUGAGCAUGGGCUUCGACGAAAGACAGGCGGUGGCUGCUCUGAAAGCGACCGAUGGCAAUGUGGAGCGCGCCACCGACUGGAUCUUCUCGCACGCCGAUUCAAUUGGUGUUGAGGAUGCUGCCCCCGCUGCGAAUUCAUCAGCUGCAGCGGCCUCCUCGACGCCAAAUAAGACCAACUACCGCGAUGGCCGCGGCAAGUAUCGCCUGGUGGCAUUCAUCUCACACAUGGGCACCUCCGCCCAGGUGGGACACUACGUUUGUCACAUUCGCAAGAAGGGCGAAUGGGUGAUCUUCAACGAUAGCAAGGUGGCCAAGUCGCAGAACCCACCCAAGGACCUCGGCUAUCUGUAUCUGUAUAUGCGCGAACAGUAGCCAGCCCGAUCUCAGUCCAAUCCGAAUCACCCCAGUCCCACAAGCUAAUAUUAUUCGCCCUGAAGAAUGGAAUUUAAUAAUAAAGUACAUAAACAG